AUUUAGGGAACCUUCCGAUCUUAGAUGAUUCACAGUUUGGCAAUUACUUUGGUUAAGUCUGUUAACUGAAAGCAAUCAAUCGAUGAGGCAUCUCAACAAUGGAAUUCACAAUCGCAUCGUAAAAGUUAUCUAAAAUGGUACUUGAAGGCAACCAUGAAGGUCACGGAAGUCAAGACUCCCAUGAAAGCAAAUAUAUUAUCCUGGAGAUUCAACACUCAACCAUCUAGGCCGUUUGCUGAAACAUAUUUAGACACUGUAGGUAUUAUACAUUUUUGCGUCUCUAGAAGAAGGAAUAUAAAUGUACGUACACGAAGAUCCAUGUACCACGUGAAUAUAUUAGGAUUGGAAAUUCACUUAAUCCGAUUAAUCUUCAUCAUCACAAUCCCACUUCCACAAGUUAAAAACCAUCAGUAUUGACCUGGAGUGACGGUGCAAUUCAAUUAGUUUAUA